AUGGGAGUCUAUUGUUUACAUCACAAUUCAAGGAUACCUUUUGAAAGUGCAAUAUGGGUAUUCGACGAUGAAGCCAUGGGGUCGUAUCCAUGGGGUCGGACUGCAUACGAAGUUUUCAUUGACUCUAUUAAAACGUUGGCUCCAGAAGGAGGGUCAUACACAAUAAGCGGCAUAACCGUCGCGUUAUUGAUUUGGGCAUAUGAAUCUGUCGCCUGCUUCGGUGAGAAUUUUGGGAGGGUGGUGAAUAAUGAAGACGUUCCGCUUUUGCGAUGGGGUGGAAAGCGUACACGUGCAAGUUUUGAUAACUUGUUGGCUGUCGAAAUCAAAGGGCAUGGCGAGGUGCGUGUGAGGAGAAUGGUUUUGAAAGACUCAAUUGAAGAGAUGUUUCCUAAAUGGCCAGGUGAACCUGACGAUCCACAAAUCAAGCAGAAGAAAGUUAAGACACAGAAUGAGUCUGAAGCUGCUGCAACGGGAAAGGGUUCUAGCGAGAAGGAAGGUAGCAAAGAUUUGGAGAUGGAGAACAAAGCGACUCUGACGACCAUUAAUUUGGCCAAGGAGCUUGAUAAGGAAUCAGGGGUGAAAAGGACUUUGGCUAAGGAGUUUGGUAGUGUUGCUAAAGCUACUGAUCUUGAUAGUCAACAUCUUGAUUUCAUAGUAGUUUCUCCUGCAAAGGCUACUAAGGAUGAUAAGGAUGCUAAGGUUCCAGCCUAUGGACGCGGCUGCAGGGGCAGGCGUACUGUUAAGGAUGAGGAUGCCGCUGAUAAGAAAAAAGCAGCGCAGGCAGAUGCUGCGUUGAAGAGGAAGGAGAAGGCUGAGAAAAAAGAGGCUGAGGCAUCCAAAAAAGAGGCUGAGUUAAAGAAGAAACAAGAGGCUGAGCUAAAGAAGCAAAAACAGGCUGAGUCAAAGACCAAAAAGGUGACUCCACCGCGUGCCGGUGUAACAAGAUGCAAGGUACAAAAAUCUGGAGAUGACAGUGUAUUUGCUGAUGUGACUGACGCAGUUGUUGCGGAAGAGAACGAAUUCGAGCCGGAGUCUGACGUCGAGAGAUCUGAAGUGAUUAGAUCUGCCGUAAUUAAGGAAUAUCGGGAGAAAAGUGUUCGGUUAUCUCCAAAAAGGUUUUCAAUGAUGGCAGUUUCUUCACCAGCAGUUUUUCCGUACGUAGGAGAGAAUGGAACGACGUGCAUGAGGAAGAAUGUUACUCCUUCAUCAGUAAUAUAUGACCCUCUAGCACCUGUUGAUCGGGUGCUAUUCGAAAAACUGAUGCACCACAUUAAGGGAAUUCCACACAAACCACCAGCACCAGCAGAUAAACCAGCGGUCCUCUCAGCUGAUCAUGAGAGUGACUUCUACAGCAUACUCAUCCAUGAAAGACCAUGGCCGGAAAAGGAAUAUGGAUGGGUGUUUGAUAAUUUCAAGAUAAAACCUAGUAUGUUCAUCUUCAAAGGCAAUGGUUAUGAAGAUAUGUUAAAGGUUAAGCUUCCCGAUCAAUGUCCAGCAAACUUGAAGUGGUAUGAAGAUGUGGAUCACUUGUACGGAUGUCUUCAAACCGGCGGAAAUCACUGGGUUGCGUAUCAUGUGGAUCUGAAGAAGGAGAAAAUUGAUUGCUACGAUCCAAUCUUUGGAGAGGCAACACCCGAAAGUGAGCAGAGAAUUCUAAAUUCAUUUAAACCGCUGACGCACAUGAUUCCCGUUAUGUUGAGUGAUCAUAUUCCUGCCAAUAUCCGAGCCCCUAGUAAGAAGAAGUUCUCAUUCAGAAGGAGGAGCAAAAGAUACAUUCCACAAAACACCCAGAUUGGCGAUUGUGGGGUGUACUCGUUGAAGUUUGUGGAGUGUCUAGCGCUUGGUGUAACGUUUGAUGGGAUAAACGAUAAAAAUAUUCAAGGUUUACGGAUGAAGAUGGCAGCAGAUAUCCUCGAUGAAGGAGGAAAUACUGUGAUGAGCAGUUUGCUGGCUAAUUGA